CGUUUCAGAGCCAGGAAAAGCUCCCCAAACUUCCUCGGUCUAGCCUUCGAUUCACUUAGAAUGCAGCGUAAACUAUCAUUAUCCAGGAUUAACUAAGGAGACGGCAGGUGGCGCCGUCGAAAUUCAUGACGUCACGGGAAGCUAGUUGAUGCGGGAACUUCGAAGGGGCGUCUCCCACCGGACUUUCGUGGCCUCCGCUCACGGGCGUGCGUCAGGAAGAAUCAUGGAGCUGUCCACGGAGAAGCCCGAAACCCUAACGAUGUCACAUUUCAGUGCGCUGGGGGACCACAAGGUCGGUCACGCCUCGACAACGCAGUCAUCGAUACACCGAGACAUCCGACAGAAGCAGUCGCUCAUCACUACUGGCUGUGAAGUGGGCGGGAAAAUGAACGUCUCCCGUAGCACUGCAGCUCUGCGCACAAGGUCACUGGGAGAGGCCGGCACCAUUUUGGUUUGAAGGUCUUCGAGCAACAGCCAGCCGGCACAACUCAGCAGCCAUGAAAGCCUUCGUUGCCAUUGCUCUCCUAUCCGCUGCCUCGCUGGCUUAUGCCGGUACGAAGACGGAUUCUCUUGUCCCUGGAGGUUUUUCAGGCAGUGCGGCAAGACCUGGCAAUGGCCUCGGGUCGCUUGGGCCUAGCAGUGGCGCCUCAGGGUUCCCGUCUCUUCCUUCAUUAGGUUCAUCUGGAGCAGGGUCUUCGGGAUCUUCGGCUGCCUUCCCUGGAUCUGUUGGACCUAGUGCUGGAUCGUCGGGACAACCUAGCACAUCAGGCUCCUCUGGCGCUUUCCCGAGUGGAGGCUUCUAUGGUCCGUCAGGCUCUGGAACUUACGGUUUUGUCAGUGGACCCGGUUUUGCCCCUGGAUAUGGUUAUGGCGGCUUCAAUGGCCUCUAUGGCAGUGGCUUCGGUGAUUCAGGGUAUUAUGGAAGUAGUUUCGUUCCAGUGGUUGGCUAUGGCCCCAGCUAUGGUUCCGGCUAUGGUCCCGGCUUUGGCCCCAGCUAUGGUUCCGGCUUUGGCCCCGCCUAUGGUUCCGGCUUUGGCCCCGUCUAUGGUGUCCCCUAUGGCCCAUCUUACGGCUUCGGCUACGGCACUCCUUCCGUAUCUGGUUUCGGCCCUGGUUCCAGCUCUGGUUCCGGCGCUGGUUCCAGCUCUGGUUCCGGCGCUGGUUCCAGCUCUGGUUCCGGCUUUGGUUCUGGCUUUGGCUCUGGCUUCGGGCUUCAGGGAGGGAACUUUGGCAGCGGCUUCGGCUUUUUCGGCCCCUCGUUCAGUUACGGUGGUCAAUACGGCGGCCAGCCAGGCUUCGGAUUCGGCUCUGGCACCCUUGGCGGCAGCCUCGGUACUUCUGGAUCCUCCCAAGCAGCUGUGCGAGGAAGUUCACGUUCUAGCGCAAGAAGCUCCAGCUCCUCCUCUUCUUCCUCUCGCCAAUAAAUAAUGGAUGCCGCAAACCUACACAUCCCAUAAAAAAGCAAAGUCUCUGGUGGCGCUUUCCCGGUGGCGUAAAAGACAAGGAAGACCACCUAUACUAUCAGUGGACAUUUCCCCGCUAUGCUAUUUGGGUAACCAAACAAUAAACAUUAUAUUCAAAUUUGA